AUGGCUACAAGUUUCCGCCUUUGUGUGGGUAACGAGCGGGAGGAGGGGGCCUUUGUCUGCGCCAAGAGGGUCGUGCACCUCCAGCCUCACGCACAAAGCACACGCAGCUCCAGCACCGAGGCGCGGCGCAGCGGAACCAGCCGAGUCUGUGGGGCCCAAGCGGUGAUCCAGGUCCGGGGAGGUCUGACAGACGUGUUCGGCCCGAGCUGUGUGUUGUUGGGGUGUUGUGGGUCGUGUGCGCGGCAGACGAGCGGUGACCUGUGGGAGUCAUGCGGGUCAGAGAGAGCGGACUGA